AUGACGGCACAUGAUGAGGAAUGGUGGUUGUGGGAAUUGAAACAUAAUGAUGGGCGCGCAAGUAACGACAGGGAUUAUCCCUGGAAAAGAUAUACUCUCAAGGAGCUUUUGCACGCAACAAACACCUUCCAUAAUGACAAAAAGAUUGGAGAAGGUGCAUUUGGAAGCGUGUACUGGGGUCGAACAAGUAAAGGCGUUGGGAUAGCAGUGAAACGACUGAAGGCAAUGAGUGCGAAGGCAGAAAUGGAAUUUGCAGUAGAAGUGGAGAUACUUGGGAGAGUGAGGCAUAAGAAUUUGUUAGGUUUAAGAGGAUUUUAUGCGGGCGGGGAUGAAAGGCUUAUAGUCUAUGAUUAUAUGCCUAAUCAUAGCUUGAUCACUCAUUUGCAUGGCCAACUCGCUUCAGAUUGUUUGCUGGAUUGGACCCGGAGAAUGAACACAGCUAUUGGAUCAGCUGAAGGAUUGGCUAACUAUUUGCACCAUAAGGCCAAUCUUCAUAUAAUACAUAGAGAUAUAAAUGUUGAAGCAGUGGAUAUAGAAUAG